AUGGCCUCGCCUCCUAAGCCCUGGGAGAGGGCUGGCGCCGGUGCGGCGACUGCCACGGCCACACCCGUCGCGUCGACGACCACCGCGACACCCUCGACUACCGCCACAUCCUCUGCUGCACCACCCGUGCCUGAGAAACCGUCGUCCCUCGCCUCGGCAGCCAACCAGAACACCUCAAACUACAGCCGCAUGGGGGGCUCGCCCAUGGGGGCGUCGCCGUACGGCGGCGGAUACGGCGGCGCGUACGGUGGCAGCGCGUACUCGUCCCCCUACUCGAGCCCGUAUUCGCGCUUCGGAAACGGCAUGAUGGGCGGUGGGAUGUACGGAGGAGGCAUGUACGGCGGUGGCAUGAUGGGUGGCGGCAUGUAUGGUGGUAUGCCGGGGGGCAUGAUGGGCAACGACCCCAACAGCCUGACCAACCGCUUCAGCAACAGCACUGCCGCCACUUUCCAGAUGCUCGAGGGGAUCGUCGCUACGUUUGGCGGUUUCUCUCAGAUGUUGGAGAGCACGUACAUGGCUACGCACUCGAGCUUCUUUGCCAUGGUCUCGGUAGCAGAGCAAUUCAGCAACCUCCGCGACACGCUGGGUUCGCUCCUGGGCAUCUUCACCCUGAUGCGCUGGAUACGCACCCUGGUAGCCAAGAUCACCGGCCGCCCCCCACCAGCCGACGCCAUGGCCCUAACCCCCGCAGCCUUUGCCCGCUUCGAGGGUCGUGGCAGCUCAGCUGCCGGUGCCGGCCCCCCGCGUGCCAGCCGCAAGCCCCUCUUCUUCUUCAUCCUCGCGGCCUUUGGCCUCCCCUACCUCAUGUCCAAGGCGAUCAAGUCCCUCGCCGCGUCGCAUGAGGAAGAGGAGAAGCGCCUCCAGCAGCAGCAGAUGGCUAUGCAGCAGCAGCAGCAGCAGACGCUCGACCCGUCCAAGCUCGAGUUCUGCCGUCUGCUGUACGACUUCAUCCCCCAGCCCAACACGGGCGUCGAGCUCGAGGCCCGCAAGGGUGACCUCGUCGCCGUCCUCAGCAAGAACGACCCCUUGGGCAACCCUAGCGACUGGUGGCAGUGCCGCUCGCGUGACGGGCGCCAGGGCUACCUCCCCUCAACGUACCUCGAGGUUCUCAGGCGUCCCGGCGGUGUCGGUGCCAAGGCUGACGUCAAGGCCAUCAAAGCCACACCUGCUAGCGAGAGCAGCCGUGCAAACUCGCUUACCAGUGCAAGCGAGGCUUCUGACCCGAAGAAGGAGUUGGUUCAUGCUACUGUUGACGGCAUGCAGAGGAGCCACUUUUAUUCUUGA